UAUUCUUUAAGUUCAACGUGUUUUAAUUUCUCCAGAUUUAGCAUUAACCCGUGCACAAUGAAACAGUCCAUUCUAUUCGCGUUUCUUCUCGUCUUGGUUUUGGCGAAUGCGUAUCCCACCAACUCGGUAAACUCCUCUCGAUCUUCUUCGAAAUCGUGGUUCUGGAGCUUAUCAAAAGUGGUUACUAGUUUGGGGAAGAAACUGUGGUAUUGGGACGACAAAUGCCAUGACCUCGACUGCCCGAAAUAUGAGACAAAAAAGACCACCGAUGAUUAUGAAUUAAGAUGUUACCCAAAUUAUUCGUGGGUUGGGACAGUUUAUGAAGGUAAAGAGCUCACGAGCGAUGUGCGUAAAGAUAUGUUCAUGCGACUCUUCCAUUACAUCCAAGGAGAAAAUGUUGAAAAAGUUAAAAUAGAAAUGACCGUUCCUGUUGCGUCCAAAGUUGAAAGUAUGAGUGAUAAAACACGUUGGACAAUGCUCUUCUUUGUACCAUUCAAGUACCAAACAUCUCCACCCCAGCCUACCGAUCCACAAGUAGCCAUUGUUCGCUUGCCCAAGAUCUGCGUUUAUGUGAAGAGCUUCAAUUGGUACACUGAUACAAAGAGAGUAGAAAUGAAAGUUAAAGAGUUGGAAGAAGCCCUUAAAAAGGAUAAGAUCACAGACUAUGUUGAUCCUGACACAGCUUACAUAUAUGGUGGUUACGAUAACCCAUGGACACUUCCAUUUCUUCGUCACAACGAAGUCUGGAUUUUGCAAAAAUAAAGUGGUCAAAAACUGGAAACGAUUACCUGCGAUACGGAACAUAAACCUUUUGCAAAAGGACGUUUGAUUAAUAUAUUGUUUAUUAGAAUAUAUAAAUGUACGUAUGAUUUUAAAUAAAAACUCGCUAUGUUUGAAAACGUUGAGAAA